AUGCUGGCCCUCACGCUCGCCCUCAUUCCCCUCAUCGCGGCCAAGAAGGCGCAGACCUUUGUCGCGCCCGUGUACGACCGGUUCAUCACGAUCUGGCUCGAGAACACCGACUUUGACUCUGCCGGCUCGUCGCCGACGUUCCAGAAGCUGGCGAAGCAGGGUAUUCUGCUCGAGCAGUACCAUGCCGUGACGCACCCGUCCGAGCCCAACUAUGUCGCUGCCAUGGCCGGCGACUUCUUCGGCAUGCACGACGACGACAUGUACUUCCUGCCGUCGAACGUGUCGUCGCUCGUCGACCUGCUCGAGGCGCGCAACAUUGCCUGGGCGUCGUACCAGGAGAACAUGCCCACGGACGCGUUCGACAAGGACUACACCCAGGACAACUAUGUCAACGGCCAGGGCAACUACACCUACUACAAGCGCAAGCACAACCCGCACAUCAUCCUCAACUCUGUCGCCGAGAACCCCGAGCGUGCCCUCCGCGUGCGCAACUUUAACGACUUUGCCGUCGACGUCAACAACUCGGCCCUGCCCCAGCAUGUCUGGAUCACCCCCAACAUGGUCAACGAUGCCCACGACACGGACGUCAAGUACACCUCGGACUGGCUCGAGUACUGGCUCGUGCCCCUGCUCGAGAACCCCAACUUCAACGGCAACAAGACCCUGAUUCAGCUUACCUUCGAUGAGAACGAGAGCUACUCGAUCCAGAACCGCAUCUUCACCGUGCUUCUCGGCAACGCCGUUCCCGAGAACCUCCGUGGAACCAACGACUCGACCUUCUACACGCACUACUCGCACCUCUCCUCGGUCCAAAACAACUGGGACCUGCCCUCGCUCGGUCGCCAGGACGCCAACAAGACCCUCGCCAACGUCUUUGACUUCCAGGCCAAGACUACCAACUACUCCAACUAUGCUCCCAAGCCUGAGGAGAUUCCCCAGCUCAACCUCACCGGCAUCUACCCCGGCGCGUGCAACCCUGACAUGUGGACGCCCAUCCUUGCCCCCAACGUCAACGGCUCGGGAGCCGGGAACGGCACCGUCUUCUUCAACGCCUCGUCCACCAACGUUGACCUCACCACCGCCGAGCCCGUCAACCUCACCGCCACUGGCGGUAUCAACCCCCUCAACAUCAACCCCAACUUUACCUACAACCCGCUCCAGAUCGUCAACCAGUCUACCGUCGCCAACGCGACUGCUGCGUCGUCGUCCUCUGACGCCAACGCCAAGUCCAAGGACAAGGAGCACUCCUCUGCUUCCAAGGCUGGUGUUGUUACGGGUGUCGUCGCCGCCGCUGCCGCUCUUGCAGUCCUUGCCUAA